UAGCACUUAAAGCCUAUCCCAAAGCCAGAUUGAUUGCCAAUUCGACAGCAAUGGCAUUGUUUCGCUUCAUCUCUAUGGUGCUGGCAGCAUGUGUGGCAUGUGUGAUGGGCAUCCGUCCAGACCACGAAGCACUCUUGCAGUCCGAGAAGGAGACCAAGGAGAUCACGAAGCUUCCAGGGAUCGGAGAGCCAUGCACCAAAUCCAGGUUCAAGGCAGACUGCGACAAAUCAUCGGGCAAAGAUGUGGCCUGCGAUACCAUCAGACUCCAGAACAACUACCGCUGCUGUAUCAAGGCAGGUGAAAAGGAAAAGAAUUUACCCCUGGAUGGCAAUCGUGACACUUGCUGCAGCGGCCAGACAUCUACGUACGAGGGCAAGGAGUACUGCUUCUGAGAGCCUCGCGGCGCGGCUUGAACUUAGUAGCUACUUAGUAGCUGUCCCGCUGGAACGUGGC